AUGAAGGGGACCCUGAAAGUGUUGAUGUUGAAGCACCUGUUGGUGCGAGUGCAUAGAUUUAUCAAUACAACCUUGGAACUUCUCUCUCCUGUUUUAUUCUUCAUAAUUCUGUACAUUUUCAAGGACAAAAUAAAUGAGCCCAAACCAUUGCAUGCCCGAAAUGAACUCAACAUAUAUAACACUGAGCCGAUACCAUUGGAAAGUGUUCGUGGCCCUAGUCUGAUAUACUACAUGCCGGACACCGACCUCACUGGAUUACUGAUGGACCGGGUCGGAGACAAACUGGGACUCGAACGACUCAAAUAUUUCCCAAGAUACCCUACAAGCGGAUACUACCCUAUAGCUAACCUCAGUGACCUGGCAGACUCCAUCAAUUCAAUGGGUGAGCAUGUGGCGGUCGUCGUGUUUCAGGAUAAUAUGUCUGGCACCUGGCCAAAAAACCUGAACUACACGAUCCGGAUAAAAGCGGACUUCAUGACCCACCUCUAUAACCCGCAGGACGGCGGUGUGGGACCACAUGAAAGAUUUGGUACUAUUUAUGAGCCUUUUAUGCGUCUUCAAUGGGCGAUCGACACUAGCUACUUGCAGCUGUUGCUGCAGGACGUUAAUAUUAACCAAACAGUAACACUGCAAGAGUUCCCGUACGUCAAUAUGAACGAAGAUAUAAAUCAAGUUAUUGUGAUAUUAAGUGGAGUGUUGGCCGUGAUGUGCUGGCUCUCCCUGCUUCUAGUCUUCGUGUUCCUUAUGUCACGUCUGCUGGAAGAACGCAUUUCGGGUAUAGAGGAAUUAAUAAAAAUGUCGGGCGUGUCUGGCAACACGCUGGGCAUCUCCCACUUCCUGAACGUCGUGCCAACGGGACUUAUGUACUGCGUAGUCAACACCGCUCUUCUGACGGCCUCCGCAAACCCCCUCAUACCUUCGUCCAAUCCCUUGCUGAUUGGUAUCAUAUUGGCGCUGCAUUUCGUCAGUGUAAUCGCUAUGGCUUUCGCUUGCAGCUACUUCGUCAAAAAUACCCAGUACGCGGUGACGUUGUCGUUGUUCGUGUACGUGGCGCUGUGGGUGCCGUCAAGACUGGCGGCCGAGCACGUGCCGCGGUCGCUGCGUGCGCUGGCCGGCCUGCUGCCGCACGCCCCGCUGCGCGCCUUCUGGGAGGAGCUCGCCACGCUCGAGCGCUUCGGUCAAGGCUUAACAUUCAGCAACAUGGCUACAACGCACGGCGCCAAUAGCUUUUCCGUGCUGUUGUCUAUGCUGUUCUUUAUCGUGCAGAGCGCCGUCUUCUUCCUGCUCGCCUGGUACCUCUCCCAUGUCAACCCUGGACCCUACGGGCAAGCCUUGCCUUGGGGCUUUAUUUUUCAGCGACAGUAUUGGAAUCAGAAGAAGAUAACACCGGAGACAGAGUUCGAAGAAUCGGAAGAACCCAUCACGCAAGAUCCGCUGUUCUUUGAGGAAGCGCCAAAAAACCUAGAAGCCGGAAUCAAAAUUGUUAACGUGACCAAGGCGUUUCCAAAGAAACUUGCGCUCUCCAACGUAUCCCUUGACAUAUACAAAGGUGAAAUCACAGUACUACUGGGACACAACGGCGCUGGCAAGACUACUCUCAUGAACAUAAUUACAGGAAUGAUAAGUGCAACUUCCGGCAAAGUGUAUGUGGAGGGAUUUGAUAACGUCACCCAGAAAGACAAGGUGCGGAAGCUGCUAGGUCUAUGUCCUCAACACAACCUGUUCUUCCCGGACCUCACCGUGCUGGAGCAUAUUAUAUUCUUCUCUAUGCUGAAAGGCACGGGGUACCGCUCGGCUCGGGCGGAGUCCAGAGAGCUGGUGCGGCAGCUUGGGCUGGCGGGCAAGGAGUCCAGCAGGAGCGGGCAGCUGUCGGGCGGCAUGAAGCGGCGCCUGCAGCUGGCCUGCGCGCUGGCCGGCCGCGCCCAAGUGCUGGUGCUGGACGAGCCCACGUCCGGCCUCGACGUGGAGACGCGCCGCUCGCUGUGGGACCUGCUGCUGUCGCUGCGCGGCGAUCGCUGUGUGCUCCUGAGCACGCACUUCAUGGAGGAGGCAGAUGCGCUGGGCGACCGCGUGGCGGCGCUGCACGCGGGCCGGCUGCGCUGUCACGCCACCACCAUGCACCUCAAGCGUGCGCUCGGAACCGGUUACCGACUGUCUUUCACCACUAUCGGAGUACCAAAAGAGGAAGCUAUCACGAAGGUUGUUAAGUCCCAGGUGACAGAUGCAUCCGUCAAGGAAAAGUCUCUUAACACCAUCACCUACAAUCUGCCAGCGAAGAACAGCUCAAACUUUCCCCAACUGUUUAAGACUUUGGAGUCAAAAAGAUCUGAACUGGCUAUCGACUCCAUAGGUGUUGGUAUUUCUACGUUGGAAGAAGUGUUUUUGAAAUUGUGCAGUGACAUCGACACUACGUUCACUCAAGACGGCGUUGAUGGCGGAUCAGUUGAGCCAACGUACAAUACAGUAACCGGUGUUCGUCUCUACUGGCAACAGCUGCUGGUGUUGCUGAAAAGACAAGUCAAGUACCUACUGUCCAAAAAGAUGUCGGUUUUGAUUCUACAAGUGAUCAUGCCAAUCCUCACAUUGGGCGUCUUCACAUACAUGUCGAACAACCCGCACUACGAUGUGAAACGCAACUCUGUUGCAUUGAUGGAUUUGAACAUGUAUGAGGAUUUGCCGGAGCGACGCGUGCUGUACAACAUCAACACCUCCGACACCGCUCUGAGAACUCUCACCGACCAUUAUAAGGACGUCGUCUUCGAGAAAACAGACGAUGUUGUCGCUUCCUUACUUGCCUACGGUAAAAAGGACAUCGUAGAAUACAACAAAUAUUUAGUUGGGAUUGAACUCAACGAUACGGACGCAAAGGUGCUGUUCACGACACGCGUGCGGCACGCGGCGCCGGCGGCGCUGAGCCUGCUGCGCGAGGCGCUGGCCGCCCGCCUGGCGCCCCGCUCGUUGUUCUCGGGGCAGCUCGGCGCGCUCGCCACCUACAACCAGCCGCUCGCCGACCCCACGCUCGACAACUCGCUCCCCGACCAAACGGUGCAGCCGAAGGACACCGUCAUGGCUGCCAUGUGGGCCACUGUCGUUGUCUUUGUGGUCCUGGCGACGAACAUCAACUUGGUGUCGCUGCCUUGCAAGGAGCGGCGGUCGGGCGCGCGGCGCCUGCACGUGCUGGCGGGCUGCGGCGGCGCGCUGCACUGGGCCGCCACGCUGCUGGCGCACGCCGCGCUGUGCGUGCUGACGCUGCUGCUGCCCGCGCUGCUGCUGGCCGCCUGCCUCGAUGCCGAGGCCACGCUCUCGCAGCCGGACCUGCUCGGCACUAUGUUCGUGGUGCUGCUCCUGGGCAGUCUCUCCUUCUUCUCGUUUAUGUACCUGGUGAGCUUUUACUUUGGCGAGCGUGGCUCCAGCACAGUACUCGUCGGCUGCAUUAUUAUAUUUGGUUUCCUCACAACCUCAAUGAAGACAGUUGACGACAUUUUCAAAGGCAACCAGGACAAAGAUUUCUCGCACUACAUUCUGACCUUGUGCGGCUACAUCGCUCCGCCGCAUACAUUGACUAUUGCAGCUAUGAAGACCGUCAACGUGGCGCGACUGAACGCGUAUUGUACACUCAACAAGCAUAAAUGCCCUCGUCUGUUCGUGCCCGACGAAGGAUUCGACACGAAUACAUGUUGUAUAUUGGACAGCAACCCGAGAUGCUACUUCUGUAUAGACAACUACUCACCUGGAGAGUCGAUGCUGAUUAUGUUCUUUCAAUUCGUCGUUUACAUGACGCUGGUGAUUCUGACGCAGAACGGUGUGUUUAACCGCCUUGCAGACCGCUUGUUCAAUCAACGCUACUCUCCAAAAUAUAAAGACGAUGCCGAUGAAAUGGUGCGCGCUGAGAAGACAUACGUCAGCCAAGCGAUCACUCUGCCCCCGAAUCAGAUCCAGGAAGCGAUGCUCGUGGACGACAUCCAUAAGAACUAUGUGCAGUUGUUCAAGAAAUCGUGCAACGCCGUUAAGGGUGUCAGUUUCUCCGUCAAAAACGGAGAAUGCUUCGGGCUGCUGGGCGUUAACGGCGCCGGAAAAUCAACGACCUUCAAGAUGCUAACUGCAGAGGAAUGUCCCACGCGGGGGACUAUUUUCGCCAAUGGGCAACACUUAAAAAAGAACCGCGGGAAGUAUCUUCAGUCCCUGGGCUACUGUCCGCAAUUCUUCGGGCUGGACGAUUUCCUGAGCGGCUACGAUAACUUGGCCCUCCUACUCACACUACGCGGACUCUCCGCCGAAGACGUAAAGAACGCGGCCAAGUCUUGGAUCGAGGUUGUCGGGCUGCAGGCGAGCGGCGCGCGGCGCGCGGCGGGCUACAGCGGCGGCAUGGCGCGGCGGCUGGCGGCGGGCGCGGCGCUGUGCACGGGCGCGCGCGUGGCGCUGCUGGACGAGCCGACGGCGGGCGUGGACGUGUCGGCGCGCCGCCGCGUCUGGGCCGCGCUGCGCCGGGCGCUCGCCGCGCGCCGCGCCACCCUCGUCACCUCACACAGCAUGGACGAGAUGGAGGCGCUGUGCUCGCGGAUCGCGAUCAUGUCCGGCGGGCGCGUGCGCGCGCUGGGCUCGGCGGCCGCGCUGCGCGCCGCGCACGCGCAAGGCCACGCCGUGCAGCUCAAGCUGCGGCCCGCACCCGCCCUCGCGCACGCCGACGUAACGGAUAGCGCUAAGUCGGAUGUACAGCGACUUAAAUCGGAGCUUCAUCAGAAAUUCAACUGCCAACUCAAGGAUGAGCAUAAGACGAUGCUCCACUACCAUAUAAACGAGACGAUGCGCUACAGCGACCUGUUCACCGAGCUGGAGACACUGAAGAACUCAAAUCCGAUCGUCGAGGACUACUCCGUCACGGAGACCACGCUUGAAGAGGUGUUCUUGUCCUUCGCCAAGGAGACUCAUGACGAGGCCGACGAAAUAGCGGUCACCACUGUGUAA